UGCACAUUUGAACCGCAUGUUGCCACCUUCCUCGCGUGACGUCAGCCCAGUUGUUUUGGGUCGCUCGGCCAAUCAGAAGCGCGCUCGCACUUCUACAGAAGCCGAGGUGGGUCCAACCUCGCGCCAGCUUUUAUCCUCCGUUACUCAUCACAACGCCCCCUCGGUAGGGCAAUGCACGGGGCUCUGCUUUAAACAGCAGCUCUGAGAUGGAAACCCCAUUGCAGUUGCAGAACGAUUUCUAUCCAGAGCAGCAGCAGCAGCAGCACUAUAAGCAGCACCAGCAGCACUACUGCGGACGGGAGGAAGAGCGCUCCAUCAGGCACUGCACCUGCAACAGCUCCUCCACCUGCGAGGAUGCCAGAAAAAGCCAGCCUUUGCACGGGACGCCGCUGGGAACUUUAAGGACACCGUCCGUCUCAUCUUCAACCAGGCAAGGCGCUCAGUACAGCGAGUUCACGCCCUCUAGUCAUGGUAGUUCAUCCAGACACCAUCACCACCACCAUCAUCAUCCUCAUCGCGAUCACAACCGGCAGCAAAUUCGGGGCAGUCCGGCCAGCAGCCACAGAGAGAGUAACUCUUACACCCAAAUAGCCAUGAGCAGCUGCAGAUACAACGGCGGCGUGAUGCGGCCGCUCAGCAACUUGAGCUCGUCCCGCAGAAACCUGCACGAGUUUGAUUCGGAGUCCCAGCCGCUGCAGCCCGUCUCUGCGGGGGACGCGUCCGACGCGCUCGCCUCCAAGCCGGAGAACAACUCCACCACCCUCAUGCCUUACUCGGCGGGGGACGGGGGCGGCGGAGGGGGUGGAUGUAGCCACAGCGGCAGCAAAUCGGGCAAAAAGAAGAACCAGAACAUUGGACAGAAGCUCGGACACAGGAGGGCCCUGUUUGAGAAAAGAAAGCGCCUGAGCGACUACGCGCUCAUCUUUGGGAUGUUUGGCAUCGUAGUGAUGGUCAUUGAAACUGAACUCUCGUGGGGAGCCUACGGAAAGGAGUCACUGUAUUCUUUAGCCCUAAAAUGCCUGAUAAGCCUUUCUACAAUCAUUCUUCUUGGGUUGAUUAUCAUAUAUCAUGCCAGGGAAAUCCAGCUGUUCAUGGUGGACAACGCUGCAGACGACUGGAGGAUAGCCAUGACCUACGAGCGCAUCUUCUUCAUCUGUCUGGAGAUCUUGGUGUGCGCCAUACACCCCAUCCCGGGCAACUACACCUUCACGUGGACGGCACGGCUAGCCUUUUCCUACGCACCGUCCAAGACGGACGCCGAUGUGGAUAUCAUCCUGUCCAUUCCCAUGUUUCUCCGUCUGUACCUCAUUGCUCGUGUCAUGCUGCUGCAUAGCAAACUCUUCACCGAUGCUUCGUCACGCAGUAUCGGUGCCCUCAACAAGAUAAACUUCAACACACGCUUUGUCAUGAAGACCCUCAUGACUAUCUGUCCCGGGACAGUGCUGCUGGUGUUCACCAUUUCUCUGUGGAUUAUCGCUGCCUGGACUGUGAGGGCGUGCGAAAGAUACCAUGACAACAUGGAUGUAACCAGCAAUUUCCUUGGAGCCAUGUGGUUGAUCUCAAUAACUUUUCUAACCAUUGGAUAUGGGGAUAUGGUCCCCAAUACAUACUGUGGGAAAGGAGUCUGUCUCCUCACCGGCAUUAUGGGUGCAGGAUGCACUGCUUUGGUGGUCGCUGUGGUCGCAAAAAAACUGGAAUUAACCAAAGCCGAAAAACAUGUACAUAACUUUAUGAUGGACACCCAGCUGACAAAAAGGGUGAAAAACACAGCUGCUAAUGUUCUCAGGGAGACGUGGCUCAUUUAUAAAAACACCAAGCUGGUGAGGAAGAUGGACCACGCCAAAGUCAGGAAACAUCAACGCAAGUUUCUUCAAGCCAUCCACCAACUCAAAACAUCAUGUAUGACCUGGUCUCGGACCUGAACGAGCGGGGCGAGGACAUGGAGAAGAGGAUUGCACUGCUGGAGACCAAACUGGAGACAUUGCUUAGCAACUUACAGGCGCUUCCAGGCCUCAUCAGUCAGGUGAUCAGCCAGCAACACCGGGACUUCCUGGAGGUGCAACUCCAGCCGUACGACAAACACAGUCACGAGCGCUC